CUGCUGUCUGCCUGUCUCUGCGUUUUUUCAGUGUAAACCAGAGGAGAAGAACAUAGAUACCGUUACGUCUCUUGAGCUGCUCAGUUACCGCAAUUCAGCUGGCUUCGUCUCUCAAAUUUGUAUCUCAUUUCUAAUCCGAUUCCUUCCACGCACUUCGUUGAUCAUUCACAGAGUGUUCGAUGUUCUUCCUCAAUUGAUGUGCUUUUGAAUCGGUCUGCCAAUGGAGCUCAGACUUGAGUAGGAACAGCCUGUCAGGAUCCAGGAGAUGAAAGGCGAGUCAUGGGGGCUGACAGUUGGGAUCUCAAUAGGGGUGAUAAUUGGAGUUAUUUUGGCCAUUUCUGCCCUAUUCUGCAUUAGGUACCGGAGGAAACAUUCACAGAUAGCCAGCAGCAGUUCACAAAGGGCUGUCACAGUCCCUAUCCGUACUAAUGGCGCUGAUUCGGGCACAAUAUUGUCAGACUCAACCGUGGGUCCGGAAUCUCCCAAAGGAUCUGAAAUGAGUGGCUUCUCCACGUGGCUGGAAGGACCUAGGAGUGUACUGUCUGCGUCUGGAAUACCUAAGUAUUCUUACAAAGAUCUUCAAAAGGCGACUCACAAUUUCACAACGGUAAUAGGUCAAGGGGCAUUUGGUUCUGUGUACAAAGCUCAGAUGCCAACUGGUGAAACCAUAGCUGUUAAAGUCCUUGCUACUGAUUCCAAGCAAGUGGGGAAGGAAUUCCAAGCAGAGGUUCUGUUACUAGGCAGAUUACAUCAUAGAAACCUUGUGAAUUUGGUGGGAUAUUGUGCAGAAAAAGGCCAGCAUAUGCUUGUUUAUGUGUACAUGAGCAAUGGCAGUCUUUCAUCUCAUUUAUAUAGUGCAAAACAUGAACCUCUGAGAUGGGAUUUAAGGGUUUGUAUAGCUCUAGAUGUAGCAAGAGGUUUGGAGUAUCUUCAUGAUGGGGCCAUUCCACCUGUAGUGCAUCGGGACAUCAAAUCUUCUAACAUACUGUUGGAUCAGUCAAUGAAAGCCAGGGUGGCUGAUUUUGGGCUUUCAAGGGAAGAGAUGGUUAACCCACAUGCAUCAAAUGUCAGGGGAACCUUUGGUUAUCUUGAUCCUGAGUAUGUAUCAACGAGGGCGUUCACCAAGAAAAGUGAUGUUUACAGUUUUGGGGUUUUGCUCUUUGAACUUAUCGCUGGUCGGAAUCCUCAACAGGGUCUUAUGGAAUAUGUUGAACUCGCGGCAUUGAGCACUGAGGGAAGAUUUGGGUGGGAGGAGAUUGCUGAUUCUCGGCUUGAGGGAAAGUUUGAUGUGCGAGAACUCAAUGAAAUUGCAGCUCUUGCAUACAAAUGCGUUAACAGUGUCUCAAGAAAACGUCCUUCUAUGAGGGAUAUUGUGCCGUCACUGUCUCGAAUCCUUAAGUUGAGGGACAAUAGGAAGAAUCACAAGCGAGCCCAAUCUGCUUCAAUGGAGGAUGCCUACAGCGAUAUGGACCAAUCAGGAGCUCAGACUCCAACUAUAGAACUAGCGAGAAAAUCCAUUGAUAGCACCGCUCACCAUCCCGAAGUUUGAUGGUGAUUCUAUCGUUUGGCCCUCUUUUUAAUUCCUAAUUUUUUUCCUUUGCAAAAUUUUGAUUGUGAUAUAUCUUCAUUGUAAUGUUAGAGAAACUAAAAAGGAAGCCGAUAAUUUGUAGUCAUCGUUAGUGAGUCUCCCCUACAUCCUGAUUUCCUUGUAUCAUAUUACCAUUUGUACAUUCCCUAUCUUUAACUUGGGGGAAAAUAUUAAUUGUUCAUUCGUUUUUUAUUGUAUAUAAUAUUUUUUUUUUUA